UGCACUGCCGGUUGACGAUUUGACGGUUUUCACUCAUCACACCGACACUCGUGUCCACUCUUCCUUCUUCUUCCUGUCCACCUUGCACAAAUGCGCCCAACAACAGCAUUAACAAGAGCAGCGCGCGCAGCGACGACAAGCGUGCGCGUCACGAGCGCAGCGCUGCGGCCGACCCUCAACCUCGCCGCGUCGCGACCGUCCCCGACCUUCCCCGCCGCCGUCCCAGCCGCUGCGACCCGCGCGUUCUUCUCCCUGCCCGACAUCACCAAGCUCGCAGGCCUCGUGCCCGGCGCGCCGGAGAAGAGCGCCGACGCAGAGGAGCAGCGCUUCAGCGCGCGCAAGAUCAUGCCCUACUCCCCCGCGCAGCUGUACGAGCUCGUCUCGGACGUGGGCGCCUACUCGGCCUUCAUCCCCUUCUGCACCUCGUCGACGGUGCUCAACGCGUCCGGCGGCCCCGCGAGCGGGUGGAAGCCUGGCCGCGAGCCGUUCUCGGUCGAGGCGGAGCUGGCGGUCGGGUUUGGCGGGCUGCAGGAGCGGUAUGUGAGCAAGGUUGUUGGCGAGCCGUUUGUGCGGGUUUCGGCGACCGCGUCGGAACGCACACCAAUGUUCAAGAACCUCGAGACGACGUGGUCGUUCAAGCCCACCACGCCGGCCGCACCAGGACAGGAAGCCUCGGGCCCGACUCUGCUCUCCAUCGACCUCGUGUUUGUGUUUGCCAACCCGCUGCACCGGAUCGCGAGCCAGGCCGUGCUGCCCAAGGUGGCGGAGAAAAUGGUCGAGGCGUUUGAGGAUAGGUGUGUUGAAGUGUUUGGGCGGUAGCGAGCGGCUCGCUCGCCUCACGGCUGUGUUUGGUUCCGAGGAGGAUGGGCGCAUCUCGGGCGGUUUGUCAUAAUGGUCAUUGGUAGCACCACUCUACAUUGCAUUGGCAUGGGCGUG